AUGGAGGAGCCACGAAUCUGGUAUCGGUCUUAUAGCGAAGUCUUACACUUGCUGAACCGCACAACUCUCGAUUUCUCCGCCUCACCUCCAUUUUCGCCCCAAACACACCUCAGAUCGAGAGCUGAUAAAUCAUUAUCAGCAAUGGCAUUGCUGCAAAAUCACAGCUUGUUGCUAUCCAAGCAAGAUCUCCUCAGUCAGCAGAUCAAUAGAAGCGGCGAUUUUCGCGUCGCGGCUGGCCGGCCGCGCCAGCGCCUCGGUUUUCACGGCGGUUGCAGGGCGGCGAGCGCGAGGCGGAUGGAGCUGAAGGCCGAGACGAAGACGGACGUCGAGACGGCUCAUGGGAAGAGAGUGAACGGAGUUCAAGUCGACGGGAUCUCGAUCCCGGAGCGAAAUAGUCUGUCGAGAAGCGAAGUUAAUCUGCAGAUGAACCACGAGUACCUUUUGGGGAGAUUUGCAGAGGGCAAAUCUGUUUUCCGGCAGUCGUUUGUGAUAAGGUCGUACGAAAUCGGGCCGGAUAAGACGGCAACUGUGGAAACGAUCAUGAAUCUCCUCCAGGAGACGGCUCUUAACCACGUGGCGAAUUCAGGGGUAGCUGGAGACGGGUUUGGGGUGACCCGUGAGAUGAGCCUAAGGAAACUCAUUUGGGUUGUCACUCGCAUACAAGUGCAAAUUGACAAAUACAGCUCUUGGGGAGAUGUUGUAGAGGUAGAUACUUGGGUUGAUGCUGCAGGCAAGAACGGUAUGCGCCGUGAUUGGAUUAUUCGCGACUACAACACGCAAAAUAUCAUUACACGAGCAACCAGUACUUGGGUGACAAUGAAUAGAGAAACAAGGAGGCUAAGUAAAAUCCCAGAUGAAGUAAGAAGUGAGUUGGUCCCUUUUUACCUAAAUAGGCUUGCAAUUGCCUCUGAAAACACCGACAGAGAAAAUAUCCCGAAGCUCACUGAUGAUAUUGCUGGAGAAAUUCGUACCGGCCUGGCUCCUCGAUGGAGUGACAUGGAUGUCAAUCAACAUGUAAACAACGUUAAAUACAUAGGAUGGAUGUUGGAGAGUGUGCCCAUAAACGUGCUCCAAGAUUAUGAUAUUACGAACAUGACUAUGGAAUACAGACGAGAAUGCCACCAAAGUGACGUCCUACAAUCCUUAACGAGAAUGAACCUUGAAACAAUCGAUCUAGAAGGAGACAAUCAGGAUAAAAAACAUCACUUGGAGUGCACGCAUUUGCUUCGCAUGGAAGGCGAUCAUGCCGAGAUUGUUAGAGCACGAACAAUGUGGCAGAUCAAACCGAGUCGAAUCAUCUGA